UGGUCCCAGAAAGUGGGCUAGUUCCAAAUCCAGGUCACAAGGGUUGUGGGAAUGCAGGCUUUCUCACGAGGCCUGACUGUGUGGUGACUCCCUCACCUGGAAGCCACCCUUCUCAGACCUGGAUUCAGAAGUCAGCCAGAAGGUGAAACCCUCAAGAGGCUGUGGCUGAAACUCUCUUCUCUCCUUUGCAGGUGACGCCAUGGCUUCAGGGCCACAUUCUGGACCGGCUUUUCUGUGGGCUGCAGUGGAAACUUCGGUGGUGCGGCUACCCGAGGCUGCCGUGUCCUUCAAAGAAGUGGCUGUGUAUUUCGCGGAGGAGGAAUGGGCCCUGCUGGAUCAGGGCCAGAGGACCUUGUACAGGGAAGUCAUGCUGGAGAUGUCCGAGAUUGUGGCCUCUCUCAAAUUUCCCAAACCCGAGGUCAAAUCCUGGAUGGAAGAAGGGGAAGGUCUAUUUGUCCAACAGGAUGAGGAAGGAGAAAGAUCAGCAGGAAUCUGCUCAGAUUUGGUGAGGGAUGAUUCUACUGCUCAAGAGCUGUACUGGAUCUCAUCAAGAAUCACCAAAGAUGAAGAGCAGGAAGAGUUCAUUGGUGAUCCAAAGGGAUCCAGGAGACAGGAAGGGGAAAAGGCAGAGAAUAGGAGGAAUCUGUCUGCCUUCCAGGUGGAAGACCCAUGUCAAAACCUAAUCCGGGAAAAGUAUCAACAGGAAGAAAGGAACAAAAAUCCUCCAGGUAGCAGGACGUUAACCUCUAAAUCCAAAGUCAACUUGCAUCACAGAAUUUAUACAGCGGAGAAACCGUAUCAGUGUUCAGUGUGCACAAAGAGCCUUACCUGUAGCUCAGACUUCCUUUCCCAUCAAAAAAUCCAUCCAAGUGGGAAAUCAGAUAAAUGCUUAGAGCAUGGACAGAACUUCCAUCAGACAGGUGACCUUCUGCAAUAUCAAAGAAUUUAUGGAGAAGAGAAAUUAUUUAAAUGCUCUGAGUGUGGAAGGCAGUUUAAUCAGAGCGUCUCUCUGGCCAAACAUCAGCACUUACACACAGAAGAAAGACCCUACAGAUGCUUGGAGUGUGGGAAGAGUUUCGGUAGGAGCACUUCCCUUACUUCACAUAGAAGAGUUCACACACGGGAAAAACUGUAUAAAUGCCUGGAGUGUGGAAAGAGCUUUAGCCACACAACACACCUAAGUCGACACAAAAAAAUCCACUCAGGAGAGAAGCCGUAUCUGUGCUUGGAAUGUCCCAAGACAUUCAACACUAGUGCAGGUCUCGUUUCUCAUAAGAGAAUUCACACGGGGGAAAAACCAUAUAUGUGUUUUGAGUGUGGAAAGAGCUUUAGGCAGAGGACACACCUUACGACCCAUCGAAGAACCCACACCGGGGAGAAGCCGUAUAAAUGCUUUGAGUGUGCAAGGAGCUUCAGUCAGAGUUCGCACCUUACUCUGCACCAGCGCAUUCACACGGGGGAAAAACCGUACCAAUGUUUUGCGUGUGAGAAGAGUUUCAGCAACAGGACGUACCUUAAUUGUCACGAAAGGACCCACACAGGGGAGAAACCCUAUACAUGCCUGGAGUGUGGAAGGAGCUUCAGUCAGAGCACGAGCCUUCGCAUCCAUAAGAAGAUUCACCGAGGGGUGAAACCGUACACUUGCUUUGAAUGUAGAAAAAGCUAUUCCUGUAAGAAAAAUCUCACUUCUCAUCAGAGAAUCCACAGGGAGAGAAAUCCUAUUGGUCCUUGGAGUGUGAAAGAGCUUUCGAAGAAAUACACGUUUUGAAUCCCAUCAGCAUACAAGGAUCAUAAACUUCAAGAGAGUUCAGAAACGGUAAUGAAAAAAAAGGUCCUUUGAGAUGGGGCAUCUGUGGAGGGGGUCAAAAAAGUCAAGGUGCAAACACAUGUUCAAAACCCUGCCCCCGGUUACGCGCAGCGUAGGCACAACACGUCAUGGGCCCAGGUGCCAUUUUGACUUUUUGGUGCCCUCUGCAGACACCCCUGUUCUGAGAUUCACCUUUCUGGAAAUCAAAGACUUCCAUCUAUAGCUUUGUGAACCAUCGCAAUAAUUCAAGUAUGAUCGUUCUUAAUAACCAAGCAAAGCAUAUAAUUUUUAAGCUCCCAACUGUGUAAAGAGUUUUAGUUGGAAGUACAAGCUUAAUAAAUAACUCAUGUAUGAGAA